UCCAGGCCAGACUGACAACCCAUCUCAGUUAAUAUUUGCUCUGGGCCACAGGUUUUUCAACGGAUGUGCCUGCUGUAACAGGCCCAUGUCUGAAAACCCAGACAGACGGUCACAUUUCACCAGAAAGUCAGCUUCACUCGAGAACGUCUGCUAAGACAAGACAGCAGCAGUAACGUUGGAGCAAGAUGGAGUGUGAGUGGAAGCCAGACGAGCAAGGACUUCAACAAAUUUUACAGCUGUUGAAAGAGUCUCAGUCGCCAGAUACGUCCACACAGAGAUCCGUCCAGCAAAGACUUGAGCAGCUGAAUCAGUAUCCAGACUUUAACAACUAUUUGAUAUUUGUUUUGACAAAGUUAAAAUCAGAAGAUGAACCAACACGGUCCCUAAGUGGGCUGAUACUGAAGAACAAUGUAAAAGCCCACUAUCAGAACUUCCCUAAUGGCGUGUCUGAUUUCAUCAAGAGCGAGUGCCUCCAAAACAUCGGAGACUCUUCGCCCCUCAUCCGGGCCACCGUGGGUAUCCUCAUCACCACCAUCGCCUCCAAGGGAGAGCUACAAAACUGGCCGGAGCUUCUGCCUAAACUCUGCCUGCUGUUAGAUUCCGAGGACUACAACACAUGUGAGGGAGCUUUUGGAGCCCUGCAGAAGAUCUGUGAGGACUCUGCUGAGAUCCUGGACAGUGACAUACUGGAUCGUCCUCUGAACAUCAUGAUCCCCAAGUUCUUGCAGUUUUUUAAGCACAGCAGUCCUAAGAUUAGGUCUCAUGCCAUUGCGUGCGUUAAUCAGUUCAUCAUCAGCAGGACUCAGGCUCUCAUGCUGCACAUCGACCCUUUCAUUGAGAACUUGUUUGCUCUGGCGACGGAUGAGGAACCAGAAGUGAGGAAGAACGUGUGCAGAGCUCUAGUCAUGCUGCUGGAGGUUCGCCUGGACCGUCUCCUGCCACACAUGCACAACAUCAUAGAGUACAUGCUACAGAGGACUCAAGACCAAGAUGAAAAUGUCGCCUUGGAAGCCUGUGAGUUCUGGCUUACUCUGGCUGAGCAGCCUGUGUGUAAGGAAGUGCUCUGUGGACACCUCUCCCAGCUCACUCCAGUGCUUGUCAACGGGAUGAAGUACUCUGAGAUUGACAUCAUCCUGCUCAAGGGGGACAUAGAGGAAGACGAGGCCAUUCCGGACAACGAGCAAGACAUCAGGCCGCGCUUCCAUCGCUCCCGCACAGUUGCCCAGCAGCAUGAGGGCGACGGGAUCGAGGACGACGAAGACGACGAUGAUGAACUGGAUGAUGACGAUGAUACUAUCUCUGAUUGGAACCUGCGUAAGUGUUCAGCUGCAGCGUUGGACGUGUUGGCCAACGUGUUCAGGGACGAUCUGUUGCUGCACAUUCUGCCCCUACUCAAAGAGCUGCUCUUCCAUCCAGAGUGGGUAGUUAAAGAGUCCGGUAUCCUAGUGCUGGGGGCUAUAGCUGAAGGCUGCAUGCAGGGCAUGAUCCCAUACCUGCCCGAGCUCAUUCCCCAUCUCGUGCAGUGUUUGUCUGACAAGAAGGCCCUGGUGCGUUCCAUCACCUGCUGGACACUCAGCCGCUAUGCCCACUGGGUUGUCAGCCAGCCCCCGGAUACUUACCUGAAGCCUCUAAUGACAGAGCUGCUCAAACGUAUUCUGGAUAGCAACAAGCGUGUGCAAGAGGCUGCCUGCAGUGCCUUUGCCACUUUGGAGGAGGAGGCGUGUACAGAGCUGGUUCCCUACCUUGCGUUCAUCCUGGACACGCUGGUGUUCGCUUUCAGCAAGUACCAGCACAAAAAUCUGCUGAUUCUUUACGACGCCAUAGGAACACUGGCAGACUCAGUGGGGCACCAUCUCAAUAAACCGGAGUACAUCCAGAUGUUGAUGCCUCCACUGAUCCAGAAAUGGAACCAGCUGAAAGAUGAAGACAAAGAUCUCUUCCCAUUAUUAGAAUGUCUGUCGUCCGUAGCCACAGCCCUGCAGAGUGGCUUCCUGCCCUACUGUGAGCCUGUGUACCAACGCUGUGUCAACCUGGUGCAGAAGACCCUCGCUCAAGCCAUGCUUUAUCAGUCCCAGCCAGACCAGUAUGAGGCCCCUGACAAAGACUUCAUGAUCGUGGCUUUGGAUCUUCUCAGUGGACUGGCUGAGGGUUUGGGAGGCACCAUUGAGGAGCUGGUUGCUCGUAGCAAUAUCCUCACCCUCAUGUACCAGUGCAUGCAGGACAAAAUGCCAGAAGUGCGUCAGAGUUCUUUUGCUCUGCUUGGGGAUUUAACCAAGGCUUGUUUCCAACACGUCAAACCAUGCAUCGCUGAUUUUAUGCCCAUACUGGGUACUAAUUUAAACCCAGAACUAAUAUCAGUGUGCAACAAUGCAACAUGGGCAAUUGGAGAGAUAUCUAUACAAAUGGGGUCUGAAAUGCAGCCGUACAUUGCCAUGGUGCUGCACCAGCUGGUGGAGAUCAUUAACAGGCCCAAUACCCCAAAGACUCUACUGGAGAACACAGCAAUAACAAUUGGUCGUCUUGGUUACGUUUGUCCUCAAGAGGUGGCACCCAUGCUACAGCAGUUUAUAAGACCCUGGUGCACCUCUCUACGAAAUAUAAGAGACAAUGAGGAGAAAGACUCUGCGUUCAGAGGAAUUUGCACUAUGAUCAGUGUGAAUCCGGGAGGCGUAGUGCAGGAUUUUAUAUUCUUCUGUGACGCAGUGGCCUCCUGGGUAAACCCAAAGGACGACCUCAGAGACAUGUUCUACAAGAUCCUCCACGGGUUUAAGAACCAGGUGGGAGAGGACAACUGGAGGCGCUUCUCAGACCAGUUCCCCAUGCCACUGAAGGAACGGCUGGCGACAUUUUACGGGGUGUAACUGUUUCCGCAGCAGUGUGCCUCAUCACUGGGGUCGGUGUUCGUCCUCUGAUAUCAUUUGCUAUCGUUGAAAAAGAAAAUUGAAAAACCUUGUGAUUUCAGUAAAAAAAAAAAAGAAAUACAAAAGAAAUGUUGCUGUAGGAUUGUGUUGCAUUCUAAUGAGGCCUCCUUUCUCCACACAGGUCAUAUACUAUGGGAGACAAUAUUGGGAACCUCUUUUACCCAGGGAACAUGUUACCCUUUACUGGGGGGAAGGGUCUGCCUGCUGAGGGGAGGGAAGGGGGUGCGGACCCCUCCCUGACCUGAAGGACGGGGUGGGAGGGAGGUGGUAGCUGCAGUGCUCAGUGCCCCCAUUGCACGGGCAAGGGGGGAAGGGAGUGGCAGAACAACCUUAUCAUGGGAGGAAAAUUCACGUUAUCACAUCUCAAUCAGAAAUAAUGAAAUCUAUCACCUUUUUUUUUUCUUGCCAUUUAUUCCCCAAACAUCAUAUUUUCUGUUACACGAACGACUGAAAAGAAAUGUAAGCGGAACUCAAUUUUUUAUUUUUUUUUGCAAAACUCUGUGAAGCAUAUGCUCUUUGAUUUUGGUUAGAUGAAGAGUUUGCACAUUGCAAGGUGCAGGAAAUGGUCUUCAGAGCAGAUAGGCAUUCAUUAUCAUGUCAGCCAGGUCAAAGGCAUGUGGUAGUUCUCAGAACGACUGAAUUCUACCAGUGGAGUAUUUUUUUUUAUUGAGUUAAGUUAAAGGUUCUUGAAGAGGUAUUUUCUCUAAAUACAAGGAUAUCUUAAAUCUAAGAAAUAACAGCUGAUGCUAAGAAAGCAUCAUAGUGGCUCCGACUGUGGAGAAUACAAUUUUAUAAUGCUGCAUAUCACCAAGAAUAAGUUAUCACCUAUAUAGUUGUCACAUUUUUUUUUUCAGUGUUUCUAUUCUUUAUCUGGGCAAACUCUGUUUAUUAUGUCACUGGAGAGCACUUUUAAGAGCAGCUUUUCUGGGAAUAGGUAGCAUGCUUGUAUCAUCGUGAAAAGCUGUGGAACAUUAGUGGUGUGUGUUGCGUUUGACAGCUGUCAUUGCCCUGUGAUAAGGUUCUUCCUUGACCUUGUAAUUUAUCAAUUUACAGUACCUUUUUUGGGGGUUUUUUUGUUUUUGUUUCCUCUACCAGAGAAUUACGGCAAACGGCUGUAACGUAGCAUGACUGGGUUUACACACCGAAUUCCGGAAAUGUUUAAAAUCUUGGCUGUGGUGUAACGUCGGAGGGAAUCUCUCGGUCUGGUCUCGUGGCGUGAAUGUGACGUGGACGUUCAUCAGCGAGCUUCAGAUGCUUACAAUCCUUUAUAUUGUCUAGAGUCUCAUGAAGGAGAAAGUCGUAGGAGACAACUCGACGACCCAAAUCCCGUCUUAGUGAUUUUUGUGACUCUGGCGCUCAGAACCAUGCAGUCCAUCAAAUGAAUGUUAAAUAUGUUAAUUUCUCAAUGUGCUGAAGUUUUCUUCUUGGUUGUUUGGCUUCUUGUGCUAAAAGCAUGAUCUCGAGGAUGACUGUAUAAUGUUUUGGGUGGUUGUGUUUUGUGGGGUACUUUCAUCUCUUGCAUGUUGGUGGCCCCUCACAGCCCAACAUAUAGUGGGAAGGGGAUUACGGGAGGGAUGGGAGCUUCAAUUAAAGGUUAAAAAGUACAUGGUAACCAUUUAUGUAUUGCAACACUGGGACUUUUAUAACUUCACAUAAAUCUUGCUGGAGUGUUCUCCCUAAACUUUUACCCCAUAGCUGGAUGUAUAGUUUUUAAAUACUGUGAAACUACACCAAUGUUAUUGUCUCUGGUUGUUUUUGCGCUGUUAUAUUUUAUAAAAUGUGUACGUGUUUAAGUUACAGAUAGCCUUAAUGUAUUCCAUGAUGGGUUGGAGAGAUAAGAAGUUUUUUUUAUUUUUAUUUUUUUUAACGCCCUGCCAGUCUUUGUUCCUCUGCUGGCCAGAGUAAUAACUGCAGUAUUUUAACCCUUUGUGAUUCACAUAACAUGCACUUAACAUUUAAAUUGCAAGUGCUUGAAAUAUGAUGAUAAUGAUGUAGGCAAACCCUUCAGAAUAUGACCUUAGUGUUAACGGAUCAUAAAUCCAGUAUUGCUGCUAAAAUGUAUUAACUAAGUAUCUCGAUGCAAUGGGGUUAUUAGUUUGUGAAAGUGUCUUAGAUAAACUUUCACAAUACGAAAUAUAUAACUGAUCCUUUAGAUUUAACAUUAAUGAGGCAAACAGUAAAUACGGGAUAUAAUGCAUCAUGGAAUACAGAGGCAAAUACUUGUAUGUGCCACAUCGUUUUGUGUUUUGAAGUGAUUUUGUCUGUCACAUUCCAGCUCUUUGGCAUGCAAAAAAAAUGGAGUAAUCAUGGCUUGAUGGGGUGUGUGUCUCUGUGUGUGUGUGUGUGUGUGUGUGUGUGUGUGUGUGUGUGUGUGUGUGUGUGUGUGUGUGUGUGUGUGUGUGUGUGUGUGUGUAGGUCUACAAAACACAUGCAAAACAAUCCCCAUCAUUACUGUGCUGUAUUUCUGACUUGACUGCUGCUAUACAUUGUAGUUGUGUUUCACUACUUGAAUACGUGUUUUCUAUGUGUUAACCUCAGGUUGUGUGUGUUCAGUGUUAUUUGUUAUCAUUUCCCCAAUGUGUACGCUUUCAUGCAUCUCCUCUCAACAACUAAAGAUUAGUAAAACUUCAUCUUAAAAAUGGGUAUCUGGGUGUUAAUUGACAUUAAUGUUGAUAUGUGUGCAACACUGCUAGCUGUCAAAUGUGAUUACAAUUGCAAGGCAGGGGGGACAAAUAAAAUGGUAACUUGCACAUA